GUACCAUACAGGAAUAGUUACAAGCUAGAAGACUGUGAUAACCGAAGGAAAUGGGUUGAACAGGUCACCAGAAAAUCUUUACCAAAUGUUGGUCAAUGGCUGGAUCCACAGGGAACCCAUGGGAGUCAUUCCACUGAACGUUUGGCGGGGAAUAUAGAAAACCUCAUUGGAUUAGCUAAAAUUCCUUUGGGUGUUAUUGGCCCGCUUCUCAUCAAGGGUGAUCAUGUAAAUGAACAUAUUCUAUGCCCUUUUGCAACAACAGAAGGUACACUUGUUGCAUCUUCCACCAGAGGAGCUACAGCAAUGACCAGGUAAUUUUAACCGUAUAAAGCGGACCUCUCGCUCAGCAGAACAGCAGGGUAAGAAAAAAAAAAUUGGUUAUCAACAUGAUUGCAUGCAAUAAAUUUUGGUUCUGACAAAAUCGUCCGUUUGUACGUUCGCCCCUUCACUGUUAGCGGAUGUGAAAUGUCUUGUAGGGCGGCCAUUUUUUUCAGCUCAAAUUUGCAAAAUAUUAAAAUGAUUACAAUUUGGACAAAGAGUGAUCAAAUAUCUGUUAAAUAAAUUUACUUUGCAGGGGGGCAGGAGUUUCCUCCUGAAAGUUGAAAGUUUACACCUAUUUCUACCGCGACCUAGUGCAAUGAUCUACAAUUUCGAUUAUUUUUGAAUAAUUAUGUACCAGUUGAGUGUUGGUAUGGGACAGUUUGAGCAUGUUAUGGGAACUUUGAGUAAAACGGGUGUAUAAUUCCGUUAUUCUAGGUGCGGAGGAGUCAGUGCACGAGUGAUUCAGCGACGAAUCAUGAGAACACCGCAUUUUGUUACAGACUCCAUCCAGCAGGCACAGACGUUGUCAUCCUGGUUAAUUUCCCACUUUGAAGAACUUAAGUUAAGAGCCAGUGAAGUUAGCCAACAUUGCAAACUUCAAGCGCUGGAACCUUGGUUUGUUGGUCCGUUUCUUCUCCCUUUUUUGUGUGUGAUACUAGACUCUUAACGGCUCAAAAAAUUGAGAAAAGCUAUAACCUCAAUGAAAGUACAAGUUAUAGAAAGUAAAAAUGCUUGAUAAACUCCUUUAUUUGCCUGUGACCCCUUCUUUCCCUCCCUUUUUCCUCUUAUUUCUUUUUAGGUCGAAAUCUGCUGAUGGAAUUCGUUUACGAUUCUGCUGAUGCCGCUGGACAAAAUGGUGUAACUGUAACCACCUGGCACGCAUGUCAGUGGGCUCUAAAACAGAUCGCCAAGGAGCAACCGGAUAUCAACAUCAGGGAGUUUUACAUUGAAUCUAAGUGUAGUGGCGAUAAAGGUGCACUAGCAAAGAAUUACAUUAAAGGUCGUGGAAUUGAAGUUCAGGCCGAAGCUUAUAUUACAGAAUCUGUCCUGCAAAAUGUCUUAAAGGUACCUUGCACAAUGUAACACCCUUGCUUUAUUGUAAGUUUCUUUUUUUUGCAAUCCCUGAUCGAGGACACGGUCGGUUGUUACGAUUUUCUUUUUUUUUCGUAGUUUAUGUAUUUGAUAAAUAUUCUUCAAAAAUAGCAUUCGAAAUCCCUCGAAUCCUUUUUUAUCCGCUCUGACAUAAAUAUUAGUCAGCAAUUCAGGUAUUGGCUUCACAAAGUCUUCUAAUCUUCCAACCUCAUUUUCAAGCUCUGCAAUGUCAAAAAAGCUGAGCAGUGGUCUUAGCAUGACCUCAUAUGUGUCAUUCUCCCUAGUUUUCUGUAAUAAAAUUGGCUGACCAUAAAAAAUUAGGACUUUCACAAGUACACUUUCUUAUCAAUGUUUUUAAACAAAUUAAAAUUUGGAACUUCAUGUACAUUCAGAGAUAGCGUGCCCUGAUGAGGGACAGUCUUCUAGAUUUAAUUAGAACUGCUUCGACCAUGUCUAAAUGUAAGUCAGAACAUUAUCGCCAUGUUGAGCUUCUGGCUCUGUGAUCAGACCACUAAUGUUAACAUGCAAUAUACUUUCCUUUCAUUUGCAUGCCCUUCUUUGAAACUCGGCUUUGUAUGAAGAAAAGUUGAACUGGUAGUGGUGGAGAAAAUGUUAUACAAGUUUGUAGGCACAGAUCAGUAAAUAUGUUUGUGUUAUGCAACAUUUCCGCUAUUUAUUUUUUCCUUUGCAUAAAAGGUAGAUUCCUCUACCUUGAGCAGGUGUUUUCACGCUCUCCAGAUAGGUGCGCAGAGAGCUGGUUCGUACUGUGCUAAUGUGUGCGUCAGUAAUACAAUUGCUGGGAUAUCCGCUGCUACGGGACAGGAUUUGGCGUGUGUUCAUGAGAGUUCCUGGGCCAUGCUUGAGAUAACAACAGAAAGAGAAAUAAAAGUUGGUGGUAAAUAACAAGUAUUUGAAUAUGUUAGUCUAAUUUCAAAGCUAAUUCAUCGUUUGUUAUUGAAAAAAAAAAAAGAAAAAAAAUGUGGGAAAACGGUGUAAAGAUAAACGUUCUUGUGAUGGACUCUACCCGAGGAAAUGGAGCAAAGAACCUUGUUUCAGUUUCCAACCAUCAUUUUAUUACAUUAAUUUAGAUGGUUAAAAAUCCUUAAAUUGUCGAAUAUAUAAUAAACAAAUAAAUAUCGAACUUUCGUAUUUUUAAUUAAUUUUUAAAUAUUUUUCUUAAUUGUAAUACCCUAUUUACCAGAUCAAUUAAACACCGCAGAUGGAGGCAAAAAAACGCUCCAUAUAAUCAAAAAAUAUGCCGCCUUAAUUCAGGGAUUAUACGAAAAGGCGGUGCAGCUUUGUAAUCUACACCAUCCAGAAAUUUGCGAUUUUAUCUCAUCAAAAAAGGAAGACAUUAAAGCUUUUUUAAAAACAUGUUUCGUUUUUACAAAAUAUUUCUGAUUUGUCAGUGAUUUAAGAGGAUAAUGAGGAUAGUGGUCGAACUUUAUCCCCUCCACACCGUCCCCAACCAAAACCACAACUAUCCCUCGUUUGCUGCCGGAAAUGCUACAUUUUCUGCCCUCCGAAGAUCUGAGUAACCGACUUCUUUUGCAUUGUAUGAAAUCGGCUAAGAAAAAGACGUUUGCUUGUAACAGCGAAAUACGUAAAGAGUUGAAAUAAACGGCGCCCUUGAAUAAACCUGUCGUCGGAAACGCUAAAAAUUAAAAAAAAAAAAGCAAAAAGAAAAAGGCCGUGGCAUUUAAUCGAAUUAGUUGAAAAGAACGGGAUCCGGGAAUGCAAAAAGGUAAAAUUAAUUCGGUCUAUCUAACGAGAGAAUAAAACUUAAACGUCUUCCCGGUUGCUCCAAUAUUAAAACAUUAUAAUUAGCAUGACCAAUUAAUUCCCAUUAAUUUUCUUCUUCUCCUUUUUAUUUUCUUUUUACCUUUGAAAAUAACAUUUCGCUAUAUUGCAAUAAGGUGUAAAUAGAGACGUUAACACAUUCAUCUAACGUUCUUUAUUCCUAAGGAACUGAGUCUGGUGAGCUAUACGAACCGGGGAUUUACGCUAGCCUUGUUGUUCCUUCUCUUCUUAUUGGAACGGUGGGAGGUGGAACAGGGACACCAACUGCAAAAGAAUCUUUGAGGAUGAUGGGUUGUUUUGGAAAGGUAGGAAUCUUGCCGUGCAAGUAAGAAAAGAACCUUUUGGAGGUUUAAAAUCUCUAAGGGGGAAUUACAGAAUUCGGCGAGGAGAGGACGCUUAAUCCCCCAGAAUUCAAAUUUAUUCUUCCCUUAGCCUCCACCACAAAGCUGUUGGCCACUUUGGUACCUGAAAAAUCCCUAGCGGGAUUAAGUAUCUAACUCAUUCAUGGCACGUUCAGUUAACGUAUUCCAGCUUACCUUUCCGAGGAUAGUGGGCAAACUUUGUGUGAAAUCGGCUAAGAAAAAGACGUUUGCUUCCAGCAGCGAAAUACACAAAGAGUUUCUGAAAAAAAGUUGACUUGAGGAGUCAUUUGGCCUGGUGGAGUUCAUUAUAGAAUAUCUUGUAUUUUUUUUCACUAAGUUGAUAUUGCAAAUUUGCCAACGCGAAAGGAUUGAAAAGCUGACACCGCUCGAAAAAUUCACCUGUAGUUCUUUGGUGCCAAGGGAAAUUUAAAAACAAACAAACAAACGAAAAACAGAUUGAGAGUAUAUUCUUAAUGUUCAAAGAAAUCCAUUUCCUCCUCUAUUUCAGGGUCGUAUCUACAGAUUUGCGGAAAUAAUUGCUUCAUUCGCGUUGGCCAUGGAACUCUCCACUCUAUCAGCAAUAGCCAGUGAUAAAUUUGCAAGUGCACACGAGCGAUUUGGAAGGAACAGACCAGAGUAUAAUGAAAACUAG